AUGACAACUCUCGAGGCUCGGCCUCCCUACUCGCAAGACGAGAUUAAGCAGUUAUACCCACAUCAACUGCGCCUUCAACACGUCCAAAUCCUUCUCCGACAUGGCGAGCGCACUCCUAUCAACGCUCGCUUCGCUUCAGCAGGUCUCGCAACCCAUUGGCCGUACUGCUCUGCAGCUCGUCGGCUGACCAGUGUGAUCCUCGACCCUUCUGUUAUCAAGUCGGGACAUGACCCUGCUACCAACCUGGGUCUUACUGCUCUCGAGUGGAAGCAACGAUAUGAGACAAUUGGCCCCGAUGAUUCCCCUAUUAUAGUCACAGGUCAGAAUGGUGAGCUCGAUGAUAUUUGCGAAAUGGGCAUGUUGACGAAUCGUGGACGGGAAACUACGUACAAUCUGGGUCAGCGCCUACGACAUCUAUACAUUAACCAGCUUCGGUUCCUUCCAGAAAAUCUCACAACCGACACUGAUACAGCUGCUAUAUACCUUCGGGCGACGCCUAUUCCUCGUGCUCUCGAAUCUCUGCAGCAAGCUUUCUACGGCCUUUAUCCUCCGUCCACUCGUGGCUCUGACACUGGCCACCAUCCUCCCACCAUCCUCACUCGCAUGGCCGCCGAUGAAACCCUCUUCCCCAACGAUGGCAACUGCCGCCGGUUCGCUACUCUUUCUCGCGCCUUUGCUAAACGGUGUGCUGAACGAUGGAACGAUUCCGACGAGAUGGCAUAUUUGAAUAAACGCCUCGGCCGCUGGAUGCCUGAAGAAAACCCGCGUGUUGCUGUAGACUCUCGACCUCGUCUAAGUGGAAUCAUGGAUACUAUCAAUUCCACGAAAGCUCAUGGUCCAGACACCCGGCUUCCCAAGGAGUUUUAUGACCCAGACGUGAAGCGAAUCAUCGAGAAGAUUGGCGUGGAGGAGUGGUUUGCUGGAUACAAGGAAAGCCAAGAGUAUCGAAUGCUAGGUAUUGGUGCUUUACUCGGCGAUAUUGUUUCUCGCAUGGUCGGCAGUGCUGAGCAUACUACGGCAGAUGGCGAGUAUGAGCUGGCUACCAAUAAGCAAGGCUCUAUCACCAUACAUCCCUCUGUAAAAUUCGCAAUGAGCGGGUGUCACGAUACUACGCUUGCCGCCACGCUUGCUAGUCUCGGGGCUUUCAACGAAGAAGACUGGCCGCCAUUCACCAGUCACGUCGCAAUUGAACUCUUUCGACAUGCCAAUAUGAGUGCUGUUAAACCUGUCGGUACAUGUUCCUUGGUAGGCUUGGGUGACCAACCAAAACCUUCGGCGGGAUCACCGCCACCGGGAAUUGGUCGCAAGAAGAGCUCCGACUUGACCGAGGAGGAAAAAGAUAGACUAAAGGGCUACUACGUCCGCCUUCGUUACAAUGAUCGUCCAGUCACCGUUCCUGGCUGCAAGCCUCAAGGCAGACAUCUAGAUGGAAACGAGUCCUUCUGUACUCUGGAAGCAUUCAAGGAAAUCGUGGACAAGUUUACUCCCACCAAUUGGAAAAACCAGUGUCGUUCCAAUAUGACGGAGUCUGCAUUUCCUUCCAGGCCCGAACCUCCAGGUUACUAA